AUGGAUGAGAGCACGGAGGAGAGGGAGAGCAACUUGGACGAGAGCGAGGAGGAGAGUUCAGGAGAAUACAGAGAACCACUGGCAACACUACAACACAACAUGAUGCUAGGCACACAGGUGGCAGGUGUGUACAGAGACCUGUGUCUGCAGGUGAUCCAACACAGGUACGAGUGUGAUCUACAGGGAGCUCGACAACAUCUGGAGAGCGAGACAAACUUGUUGUUCGAUGCUAUGAAGACAGAACUGCGGGACAAGAUCAGACGGAGGAUAGUUAGAGGGGGGACCUCACCUCAGAGCGGUGAUAACAGAGGAGUGUCGCAGACAUCUAGACAAACCAAAGUCUCUGCGCUGCAGAAGAGAAACCACAACAACAGAACAGCCUUGAACACAGGCCAGUUUGAGACUUUUAGAUAAUACAAAGCACUUCAGUAGGGUCCUGUUCAGUAGUCACACUUUAAUAACCAGUCAGCCAGACCCAGAUCUCAAUAUACCUUUCAACAGUUUGCGGUCACUGAGAAAUGUAUUUAUAUUUAAAAUGUCCAUUAAUAAGUAUGGAAGAGAGAAGAGAGAAGAGAGCCAAAUGUAUUUAUCGCAGCUUGUAACGCUUUACUUAGACAUUUUAAUGGAUAUUUGAAUUAUGAAUAUAUAUUUCAACAACUUAGGUAGCUUUAUGACAUUCUUACGACAGGUCUAUGACAGGUCUAUGACAGGUCUAUGACAGGUCUAUGUCAGGUCUAUGGCAGGUCUAUGUCAGGUCUAUGACAGGUCUAUGACAGGUCUAUGACAGGUCUAUGUCAGGUCUAUGGCAG